ACCGGUGUCGUGGGGAGGGCUGGGGACGGAGUGCCCCGGCGCUGCGCUAUAGCUUGGCCUCGACGCCUCUCCCUUUCCCCAGCCCUGCGCCUCAGCAUUCCCGGGGGGUGACCCUGAGCUUCCCCGAACCCCGCAGCCACUCUCUGCCUGCCGGCGGCCCCGCCGGUUCACCCCUCUUGUAUAUCCCUGGCGGCUCUCUGGGUUUAUUUGGGUUAAGGGAUGUCUAAAGAGUGAUUAAGCAUACCUGAUGUGAAGUCUAACACAGAUACCCUAGGAAAUUCUGGUGAUUAAAGAUCAUGGCAACCAUAGAGGAACUGGCCCAUCAAAUUUUUGAACAGCAAAUGGGAGAGGUUACACAUUCCCAGGACAGUGGUACUCAAACACUAAUGGAUGGGACACCACAACGAAUACAGAUUGUCCCUGCAGAUUCGGGCCUCUCUUUAUCACAGCGUAUACAGAUUGUCACAGAUCAGCAGACGGGCCAGAAGAUUCAGAUUGUUACAUCACUUGAUCAGAGCUCAGCAGGCAAGCAGUUCAUCUUAACAAAUCAUGAUGGCUCUACCCCAAGCAAGGUGAUCCUUGCCAGACAAGAUUCCACUCCAGGAAAAGUUAUCCUAGCAACUCCAGAUGCUGCAGGUGUCAACCAACUGUUUUUUGCAUCCCCUGAUAUAUCUGCACAACACAUCCAGAUUUUAACGGAUAACUCCCCUAAUGAACAGGGCCUAAAUAAAGUGUUUGAUCUGUGUGUUGUGUGUGGAGACAAAGCAUCAGGGCGUCAUUAUGGAGCAGUAACCUGUGAGGGAUGCAAAGGAUUCUUUAAAAGGAGCAUACGGAAGAAUUUAGUUUAUUCCUGCCGAGGAACGAAGGACUGUGUCAUUAACAAGCACCACCGGAAUCGCUGUCAGUACUGUAGGCUGCAGAGAUGCAUCGCCUUUGGCAUGAAACAAGAUUCUGUACAGUGUGAGAGGAAACCUAUUGAAGUGUCAAGAGAAAAAUCUUCAAACUGUGCAGCUUCUACAGAAAAGAUCUACAUUCGGAAAGAUCUCCGUAGUCCAUUAGCUGCAACCCCAACUUUUGUAACAGACAAUGAAACAGCAAGAUCAACAGGUUUGCUGGAAUCAGGAAUGUUUGUUAACAUUCAUCCGUCUGCAAUAAAAAGUGAACCUACUGUGCUGAUGACUCCAGAUAAGGUAGAAGCAUGUCAAGGAGAUUUAAGUACACUGGCAAAUGUGGUGACUUCUUUAGCAAAUCUCAGUAAAUGCAAAGACGUGUCACAAAGCAGUACAGAGCUAUCCAUGAUCGAAAAUUUGAGUAAUGGAGAUGCAUCAUUAUCUGAACUCAAGCAAGAAGAACAAGCUAGUACUGAUGUUACAAGGGCAUUUGAUACUCUUGCAAAAGCAUUAAAUCCGGGAGAGAGCACAGCAUGCCAGAACUCUGAAAGCAUUGACACCAGUGCACAGCUGCUUGGUGGAGAAACAAGCAUGAACAUUGUUGAAAUAGAGGGGCCACUACUCAGUGAUGCUCAUGUAGCAUUCAGGCUCACCAUGCCUUCUCCUAUGCCUGAUUAUCUUAAUGUUCACUAUAUUUGUGAGUCUGCCUCCAGGUUGCUUUUCUUGUCCAUGCACUGGGCACGUUCCAUUCCAUCUUUCCAAGCUUUGGGACAGGAUAACAGCAUAUCAUUAGUAAAAGCCUGCUGGAAUGAACUUUUUACACUUGGUCUAGCACAAUGCUCACAAGUUAUGAAUGUGGCAACGAUCUUAGCUGCUUUUGUUAAUCACCUUCAAGGCAGUUUACAACAAGAUAAGCUGCCAACAGACAGAGGAAGACUAGUAAUGGAGCAUGUCUUCAAACUGCAAGAGUUUUGUAACAGCAUGGUUAAACUGUGUCUAGAUGGAUAUGAAUAUGCAUAUUUGAAAGCAAUCGUCCUCUUCAGUCCUGAUCACCCAGGUCUAGAAAAUGUGGUACAGAUUGAGAAAUUUCAAGAAAAAGCUUACAUGGAGUUCCAAGACUAUGUUACAAAGGCGUAUCCAGAUGAUACCUACAGACUAUCUAGACUUCUUCUGCGAUUGCCUGCUCUCAGGCUGAUGAGUGCUGCCAUCACUGAAGAGCUGUUCUUUGCAGGACUGAUUGGCAACGUUCAGAUUGACAGCAUCAUCCCAUACAUUCUGCGAAUGGAGACAGCAGACUACAACUCUCAGAUCAUAGGUCAUGGUGUGUAAAAGGAGCAGUCCAGGAUUCUGUACCAUGGCAGUCAUGGUGAUGUACAUGCAUACCCUGUCUCCAAGAGAUGGUCAUAAGCCUUCCAAUGCACCUUUCCAAAGAAGGCUCAUAUUCCUCCUUUCCAGUACACUUGGGGAACGUGGUGGAGUGUAUUAGGAUAUAGGAUCCCUUCCUAUUCUUCUUCUGUCUUCAAGGACUUGUAAAUUAACUUGAUAUCUGAAGAAGGUCAAAAAUUGUCCAUCCUAUUUUUGUAGGUAGACGGACUUGGAAUAUUUGUUUAUGAAGUUCAGGCUUAUGAGGAAACUGAAGAAGCUUUGAUUGAACUAAGGUAUCUCAACUUAGUUUGAUGUUUUAGACAAAUAAAUUAACUUUCCUCUCUGAGCUUUGUUUUCAGUGUUUUGCUGCUAGUUCUUUUUCACGUAUCAAAUGGAAAAUACAUAAUCAAACAUCCUGAAAAGGCCAGUUUCCAUGCAGACAAGACCCAGCUUAGUUUUGGCUGUUGUUUUGAAGAGUGAUUUGUUUCCUGCUGAAUUAAACACUGGAUACCAUACCCCAAGUGCAGGGAAGUAUAGGACGUUCACAUUUUAAAAUAUUCUCAUGUUAACAUUGCUGCAGCUGAUCAAAAGAGAAGCAGCAAAGAGUCAGUAGUGACUGUUUUGAAGAUGCAACAGAAUACUAUAUUCUAACAAUAAUGUGGUAGACAGCAGCUGUUUUAUACUAUGAAAAAUUAACAGCAAAGUGUAUACUGCAGGCAUUCAAAGACAGCAUACUCCUGCUUUUUCACAGUACCCCUCCCUCUUUCACACUCAGUGCCCGGUGAUGGAGGCAUUCUAGAUGCCUCUUAGGUAUUGUCCACGUCUUUAUUUUUUGUUAUGGUUAGCCCUUGGGUAUGUAUUUCUCUUUUCCAACCAGUCCUUUAUGAUUACUUUUCAAAUUUGAGUUUUCCCAUUGCUUAAAGUGAGAGAAGUAUCCUAGUGAAAAUGGUCUUCUUUAGACAUUAGCAUUUAGGCAUUUCUGAGUCUUGGGUCAAGGCUGAGUUCUAUUUAGCAUGACCCCUGUCUUUCUCUGGCAAAACUGAGUGAGGAAGAGCCUCACCAAAUCAAGAAACACAUGCCUGCACCAGAAAUUGCCGAGCCAGAAGAUCAGAUUAAAUGGAGGCCUUUUCCCACUCUGCAGUGGCAGUUCCAAGGCCACCCCUAACACCAAGAGACUACAAGAUGAGGCUUGGGUUAUAAAGUUCUUGAGUUCUGUAGUUUUUUCUCAGCAUCUGAGGAUCACUACCAGACAAAAAACUUGAGAACUGCCUCUGACCCUGAAUUUAUGUGUUCUUCUUGAUUCCACUAACUGAGCUGCUUGGAUCUUUCUCUACCCUAGCUCCAUAAUUGGAGCCUGUAUCAUAGAAUCACAGGAUCAGAUGAUGGUCGGGGUUGAAAGAGGCCUUAAAAAUCAUCUAGUUCCAGCCACCUCUGUGGACAGGGACAUCUUCCACUAAACCAGGUUGCUCAAAGCCCCACUCAGCCUUGCAUUGAAUGCUUCUGGUAAUGGGGCAUUCACAGGUUCUCUGGACAACCUGUUCCAGUGCCUGACCACCCUCACAGUAAAGAAUUUCUUAAUAUCUAAUCUAACCUGCUCUCUUUCAGUUUGAAGCCAUUCCCCCUUAUCCUGUCACUACAUGCUCUUUAACAAAAAGUCCCUCUCCAUCUUUCUUGUAGGCUCCCUUCAGGUACUGGAAGGCUGCAGCUGGGUAACCCUAAGCCUUCUCUUCUCCAGGCUGAACAGUCUUGGAUCUCUUAGUCUUUCCUCAUGUAAGAGCCCCAACAGAUCCAUGCCCUUUCUUUGCUGGGACCCCAGAGCUGGAUGCAGCCCUGCAGGUGGGGUCUCACAGGAGCAGAGCAGAGGGGCAGAAUCCCCUCCCUGGCCCUGCUGGCCACACUGCUUUGGAUGCAGCCCAGGACACCUUUGGCUUUCUGGGCUGUGAGUGCCAUUGCUGGGUCAUGUCCAGCCUCUCAUCCACCUGCAUCCCCAAGUCCUUCUCAGCAGGGCUGCUCUCCAUCUGUCCAUCCCUCAGCCUGGAUUGAUACCAGGGGCUGCCCCAGGUGCAGCACCUUGCACUCAGUCUUAUUAAACCUCAUGAGAUUCCAUGGACCCAUUUCUUGAGCCUGUCCAGGUCCCUCUGGAUGGCAUCCCAUCCUUAGGUGUGUCAAUCACACCACUCAGCUUGGUGUCAUCAGCAAAUCUGCUGAGGGUGCACUCGUCUCUGUCAUUAAAGAAGAUGAUAACGCUGUCCUUUAUAUGGACCCCACAUGUCACUGAUGUCCCUUGGGAUUCUGAGCCACUGAUGGAUGGUCACAGCCCUCUGGUUGUGACCAUCCAUCUACUUUCUUACUCAUCUAAUAGUCCACCCAUCAAAUCCAUCUCUCCAGCUCAGAAAGAGGAAUGUUGUGGAGGACCAUACUACACAAUUGGUCAUAUCCAAUCCCAGAGAUCAAAGCACUUAGUGCUGAGGACCCCUGAUGGCAUGGAACAAUGUGUCCGGGCCUUUGCUGUGCCUUUUCUCUGUUGGAACUGGCCGUGGCAGCUGAGUUCUUCUCAUGUUACACAUUUUGAAGGUUGUAGGGUUCAAGUUCUUUAUCUGUGUUUGCUGGAGAGCUGUAUGAAAAUGACUAUCCUGUGCCUCAGGAGGUAUGCAUCUUAUCAGCAGAGUUUCUGUAAAUUUGAAGGACUGUUGCUGCCAACCUGCUGUGCUUAUUCUCUGCCCAUGAGUUAGAGGCCAUUUUUGAGCUGUAGGACCAAGUUGCAGAUGGGAGGUUGAUCAUUCUCCAGUUCAGCUCUCCUCAGAAAUUCUGACAGUGCUUUCUAGUCCCUUGCUAUCCCUAACCCAUUUCUGGCCCUAGCAGGCACAAGGGAUUUACAGUCCUGUAUAUUAAAAGUUUGAAGGAAACUGACAACAUAUUACUUCUGAAUAUAUUUGAGGUAGUUUUCCAGGUAUUCCACUAAUCUUGGAAGAAUUUUACUCUUAAUAUUCUCCAGAUUUAUGAAACCCAGGUAAUAGUAAGAUGGAAAUAAAAACCUCCUUUCCUUUGUAAUGAAGCACACUAUGCAAAUCUCUCUCACAUCCUUGAAGAAAUUUUCCACUUCAUAGCUUGAGCCUCAGGUGUGAUAUGGAAUUCUUUGUUUACAGCUGACAAAAAGGUUCAGCUGAUGCAGCCUCUCAUGUGGUACUGUCCAGCUUUGGAAACAGCUGAGAAAAUAUCAGUGUAUCUACAGAUGUAAAUUUUCAGCAAUUGAAUCCUUCAGUUCAGCCAUCUUUAUUGCUUGAAGGGACCUUGAAAGAUCUUUCAUUCCAGCCUUCCAUGGGAGCAGGACCCCAGAAGAGACAGACUAUCUAGUACCUUGUCCAAUCACAUCUUGCAGUGAUUGAUUGCUCUCAGCACAGGAAAUGUCUGUUAAUUGAGAUUGUCAAGACUUCCUAAGGAGAGUGGCCUUGGACCCGUGUCAGCCACUUCCCUUAAUAAUCUAGGGUGGAUUUCUUCUGAGCCCAUGGAUUUCUGUGGGUUGAGCCCUUGCAAGAGGCUGCAGACCAGCUCUUCACCUGCUGGUGGGUUGACAGGUGUGUUGUUGUAGAUGCUUGAUGCAGUGCUCUGCGGUCCAGCUAUGCUGGUAAAGAUGGAAGUAAAGAUGAUACUGAGGAGAUCUGCCUUAUCAGCAUGACUAGUGAGUAGCUUCCCUGCCUUGUUAGGCAAUGGCUCUGUAUCUUCCCUGAGCUUCUGCUUACUACUCACAUAUCUGUAGAAACCUUUCUUGUUAUUCUUGACAUCUUUGGCCAAUUUUAGUUCAAUCUGAGCCUUAGCAUUCCUGCCCACAUUUUUGCAUGCCCUAGCAAGGUUUUUACUGUCCUUGAUGGGUAUUUAGCUGCCUUUCCAUAGCUAGUAUGUAUCUUUUUUGUUUGGUUGGUUGGUUGGGUUUUUUGAAUUUUAAUUGGAGCAUUGUUUUGGAGGGGAUAUCCUCAGAACCUGAUUUUCUUUGGAUUCCUGUCCUUGUUUUCUCUUUGUGCCCUAAUCUGUUUGAAUGCAAGUUAACUUCAGUUACACAUAGACUGCAACUACCAUAGACUGCUGGGUUAAGACUAUGUGCUUAGGAUGUGUUAACUCACAGAAACCUUGGUCAUGUUUCACAAGGUUGUUUAAAUUCAGGUGUUUGUAUAUUGUGAGGGCCAAAAAAACCCUACAUUUUAUGGUGUUGGAUACCUCUGACAUUUGGACCUCUAAAGAGCCAAAGUGCAUACAUACCACACAUAGCAAACAGCUCUGGCUACUGGUAAGUGACCUUUUUCCCCCCAAAGUUUUACAUUUUUAUGAUAAUAAAUUUUCAAGAUUGAUGUAAAGGUGGAGUACAGCUGAUCUAUGCUGCCUGCCAAGUAAUCUGUUUUGUCUUUAUGAUGAUCUAAAAGAUGCAUCCCAUACAGGAGGUUGUUGUUUCAGUGUUACUUUGCUCAGCAGGAUCUUCAUUAAUUAUUUCAGAUUAUUUCUUUAAUCAUUCCUAAACUAUAAAUUCAUCCUUUUGAUAAGGAAUGAGGCAUAACGGGGUUUUCUCAGGAAUGGGAGCUUUAAAACAGGAAAAUACAGGAAUCAACAUGGUUUUUCCUUAUUCAUCCAUGUUAACCAUUACUGUCCUCUAAGAACAAUGUAACAGCUCAUGGAAAAACCAAACUGUGAAGUUCUGGUUUUGUUUUCGUUGCUUUAAGAUAACUGCUUCUAAGUUAAAUGAAAUAUAUUGUUACCUUCAGCUGAGACCCUUAGUGUUUCUAACAGCUAUUUUUUAUAAUUACGUGAUCUCACAUUGCCACCUGUGUGAUUUAUCAUCAUUUAUAGUCUUAUGAAUGAAGUCCUUGGUACUGAAUGAGAGACUGGCUAAUAUUACUGGGUUCUGUCAGUACCACUGUCAAUACAGUAACAAAAAUGUGAAUAUUGAAGCUUAAUCUGCCAUGGAUAUUAAGCUAUUUCAUUGGUUUUUUGAUUUCUUUUCAACUUUAAAAUACUUGUCAACUUUUUGAUCUUUACGAGCCUUGAGAGUUUUCAGAGCCUGUCAGGAUUAACCAAAUUGUGGCGUUUACCCACCAAAAACUCUUUGCCAAUGAAAGGAGAAGUUUAGUUUCAACAGCUUUAAAUUUUCAAUGUUGAGAACAAGAAAAAUCAUUUUAAUAUAAAUCACAUGAAAGGAAAAACAGUUUAAUACAUUUUAGAAUCCUAUAAUUUAAAGACGAUAGUACUGUUACACAUAAUAAGCUUACUAGUUUGAAUAUUUUUCAUGAAACUCUAUGUUGCACACAUGUAUGUGGGUUUAGGUUGCUUGUUUCAUACUGCUAAAGUUCCUAGUGCAAGUAAUUGUUAUAUUUAAAACCUUUUUCAAGAGUUCCUUCAUUGCAAUACCUUCCGUAGUUACAAACCUAUCUGUCCAUACAUUUAUUCUUGUUGUGUGAUCUUCAGGGUCAGUGAAAGUCAGUCUGUUGUUUUUGAAACUUGUCCUGUGCGUUUUGUUCAGCCUUUGUGGUUUGCUAGUACAUCAGUUUCAGUGUAAGCAAUACAGUAUCACUGUAUUUGUCUUGCUGUUGUAUAAAGAAAAUCACUUUAAAUGUCUUGAAACCCGGCUAAAUUAGAAAACUCUAUUUUGGAUGUAUUUUUAAAAAUAAAUGGUAAGUUUCUAUUAUAGAAAACAA